AUGACGAUGGCUGCCAACUCGUGCUGCGACGCGCCGACGCUCGAGCUCAUCCACGACACUGGCGAAACAGUCUGCGUCCAGUGCGGCGCGGUCGUCGAUGCAGGCAGCCUCGUUGCGGCGCCGUGUGAGCGCAUCCCUCGCUUUGCAUCGUCGGGUCUGGCUGCAAGUGCGCGCCAUCAUGCUAGCAGUAGUGGUGGUGGUGGUGCUGCUGCUGCAAGUGGCGGUGGUGGCGUUGCGGCGGACAGUGCUUCGAGUGGUCAAGGCCUCACGUUUGUGUCGAGCAACGCGCUGGACGAGCAUGCGCAGUGGCUCGCCAUCGCCAAAGCCGGGCCGCGCUCGCUCCAGUUGGCAGAGUGCAUGCGAAUGCGGCUGUCUUCCGUCCAGGUCAAGGAAGUCUUAGAGUACUUUCGUCGCGUUCGUGCAGCUGGCCCCUUUGGCGGCACGCUUGAUUGCAUCGCGGCGGCUUGCGUUUAUGUUGUCUGUCGCGCGCAUAGUAUUCCUGCGACAUUCCUCCAGCUGGCGGAAGCUGCUCAGGUCAAUGUCUUUACCUUGCAACGCACGUUCGGGCGACUGGUGCAACAUCUCAAACUAUCGCUGCCUGCCGUGAACGAAGUGGCACUCGUGGAAUCUGUCGUUAAGGCUGUGCCUGAGCUUUCGCAUGAAGCAGUCCCGAUUCUAUCUCAGUAUGCAAUCUGCUUGCUGGAGCUUGGCAAGCAGUCCUGGGUUUCUUCUGGGCGAAGACCGCUUCCAAUCGCUCUUGCUGCAACAGACUUGGCCAACCAGAUUUAUGCUCAAAACGAAAAUCUUCCGAGUAUUCUUCCGCAGCUCUGCGAGAAAUUUGGCGUUCAUAUCAACACAGCUCGUGCUCGUGCUCGCGAGCUGCGACUGAAUCUGCUGCAGCACGCCCAGGCUCUGCCCUGGCGGGCCAACAUCACCGAACGCAAUGUUGUCGCGCAUGUCAAGUUGCUGGUGGAGAAUCCUUCGUCGUUCACUGGUCUCCGGCCCGUGGACUGCGACGCGGAAGGCAAUGCACCAACGACCCUGGCGGUUGCAGACAAGAGUGCCACGAGUAGCUCGGUUGCGAGCGGUGUGCCGCGCUCGUUUGUGUUGGCAACACGCAACUCGGAGCUGCGAAUGGCCAAGCUCGAAGCGGCCAAGGCUCGUCUGGUUGCUAUUCUCGCUCUCUCUACUGCGCAAACCCAGGAAUUGGAAGCGAGUCUGGCUGCCGAUCGCGACAUGGUCGAUCUGCUUUUGGAGCGAUUGCUCUUGCACGGUGUUAGCGACACAGACUUGUUGGCACGCUCAGUGUCGCAGCUACACGACAUGGCCGAACGCAUUGGGCAAGCAACGACAGAAUUCGAGACGGACGAAACGCUUACCCCUAUGUCGGAUGCAGAUUCUGCUCUUUACAUUCGAUCUGCGGCAGAGAUUUCCUUACUCAGCCAGCUGGACGCCAAGCAAAGAGCGGCAGACCCAGAGACAUCACGCUCAACCAAGCGAGCACGACUCGACACAGAAGAUGUCUAGUUUGUGGAUGUUUGUGUGUCGUUAUUGAGUUAUUUAUUUUAUCUGUUUGAGUUUUCAUGCUUGUACAUCGUGUUAGUAUUUCCCAAACGCUUCGCUUG